AUGCAAACCCAAGUAUAUGAGGGGUUGUGUGAAAAUUAUUUUUCUCUUGCUGAACCACAAAGACAUAGAAUCAAAGUGCUUCUUUCGAACAAACUGGCUUUUCUUUCUUUUUUUUUUCUGUCUCUUCUAUUUCUUGUGGAUAUUAUGGCUAAUAACACAACAAGUUUAGGGAGUCCAUGGCCAGAAAACUUUUGGGAGGAUGUUAUCACGUCCUUCUCAGUGUCCAUUACAAUUGUGCUCGUAAUUGGAGGGUUUAUUUGGGCUCUGUGUGUCUGUUUGUCUCGAAGAAGAGCCAGUGCCCCCAUCUCGCAGUGGAGUUCAAGCCGGCGGUCUAGGUCUUACAACCAUGGCCUCAACAGAACUGGAUUUUACCGCCAUAGUGGCUGCGAACGGCGAAGCAACCUCAGCCUGGCCAGCCUCACUUUCCAGCGACAAGCUUCCCUGGAGCAGGCAAAUUCCUUUCCAAGAAAAUCAAGCUUCAGGGCUUCAACCUUCCAUCCCUUCCUGCAAAGUCCACCACUUCCGGUGGAAACUGACAGUCAGCUGGUGACUCUCCCUUCCUCCAGCUCGGUUCACACCAUCAGCACUUCGCACAGUCUGAGCCGCCCGGAUUUCCACUGGUCCAACAACAGUCUUCGAGUGGGCUUUUCCACACCGCCCCCACCUGCCUAUGACUCAAUUAUAAAAGCGUUCCCAGAUUCCUGAGGAGGGUGCUUUUGUUUUUAAUUUGUUUCUUCCCUUUCUUGGCUUUUCCCGAAAGAAAAUUACAGACAGGCUAAACGGAAUUUUGAGGGCAUGGCCCAAACAGCUGAUGAGUUUCCAAGUUGAAUUAUGUUCAUGCACUAUAUAUAAUUCAAUGCAGAAAAUGUAAAACACAUUUUCUUUGAAUACACCUUUUUCUUUUGUCUCACAGAAUAGUAAUGUUUUCCAAAAAGGUAUAUAUUUAUGUUUGUUUUUUUUUAACUCAACCUGAAGGUUAUUAAAGACAGUGGUUCUUAUCUGAGACUCAGCUGUGAUACAGUAUAUAAAUAUUUUAGACUAAAAUUAAAACUUUAGAUAUUUGUGGUUUACAAUCCUCAUUCACUGUCCAAUGUGACUAUAAAGGCGGAAAAAUCACUAUGUCACUUUAAAAUAAAUCUAUCCUAAAGAAUUUUAAUUUUACCUUCCUCGGAAUGACAUGAAUCAUUUUAUAGUCUUGGAUUUUCAAUGGAUUAUAUGAGCACAAAAGUGACAGAACAGAGAUUUUAAAGUUCCUUGAUGGCACUCAUUUAUGACAAGUGUGGGAAGCAAGCAAAGGAAGAGAAACUCUGUGGGCGUUAUAGGACACUUCAAUUUUGACACUUAUUUUCCCCCCACCCCAGCCUCUUUUGGUGCCUUCCCCAAGAAUAGUUAUCUACAUCAUUGAGGCAAAAUCCUUGGGUUUACUAAGAUCAUCUAACUCUCCUUCACUGUUAUAGUUAUGUUGUUAGACAAGCAAUACCAGCAAACCCAAUUCUUUGACCUAAAAAACAAACUUUAAUAACACCAAGCUUACAUUUUUCCUUGGAUAUAUUUUAUUUCUUAGAUAUAAAGUUAGCCAUUGGGGAAAGCACUUUAUCUAGGGACCAUCUCUUGUAACUUCACAGACAAAUGGGGGUUGGUAGGGAGGAAGUCUAUCAUUGCGACAACCAUGAAGAUUGCUCCUUCCUGGAUCGACUCAUCAGAUAUCAUCCCUUGUUUGCUUUUCUACGAAUUUCAACCUCACAUUCUAUGAAGAGUCUUUGUACAAUGAUUAAACCAUGCCAUAUGGUCUUUGGUGCAGACACUUAUUUAAGGAGUCCACUUCCACAGAGGGCCACCCUCUUAAAACAAGGUACAUUCCCAAAUAUGGGCACCAGAGAGCUUCAGUGACCAGAUGCUUACGGCUGUCCCUCUUCAUGUAAGGACACAAGUUCACUGGAGUAUUAUUCAAAAGGCCUAUAGUUCAUUUCUGAUAUAGUGACUAUUUAGCUUAUGUUGCUGUUUGUUUGUUUCUCUGAACGCUGGGAUUUUUCAUGAAGAAAAUGUACUAUUAUUUUAGCUUCUGCAGUGCAGUGCUCACAGCUAAUAGUGUCUGAGUAUGUUUCAAGAACAUAAUAAUUUUUACAUAGUAAGAGAUUCUGUACGGCAUUCUGUUUUUUAUUUUUAUUUAGCAUUUAUUUUCCAUUGUUCCUCAAGGACAAUUAUUCUUAAUGAUGUCUAUAGAUUGAUGCUGUCUAAUGUAAUAUGCCAACAAGAAAGAAGGAAAGAAAGAAAGAAAGAAAGAAAGAAAGAAAGAAAGA